AUGGUAUCACCAGUACAGAUGCCAGUACUUCGUGGUGGUGGUGGAUCUGGAGGAGGACUGUCUGGUGGGCUUGGUGGAGGGUUGUCCGGUGGUGUAAGUGGCAAACUCGGAGGUGGUAUUCGUGGAGGUGUUUCAGGUGGACAUGGAGGAGGACUUUCCAGUGGAGUUAGAGGUAACCUUGGUGGUGGUAUUCGUGGAGGGGUUUCAAGUGGACAUGGAGGAGGACUUUCCGGUGGUGUAAGAGGUAACCUCGGAGGUGGUAUUCGUGGUGGUGUUUCAAGUGGACAUGGAGGAGGACUUGCAGGUGGUGUAAGAGGUAGCCUUGCUGGUGGUGUUCGUGGAGGGGUUUCAAGUGGACAUGGAGGAGGACUUUCCGGUGGUGUAAGUGGCAAACUUGGGGGUGCUGUUAGAGGAGGACUUUCCGGUGGACAUGGUGGUGGUAUAAGUGGUGGACUUGGAGGAGGAAUUUCCGGAGGUGUUAGUGGCAGACAAGGAGGUAGAAUACAUGGUGGUCUAGGCGGUGGUGUAAGCGGAAGUGUAGGUGGUGGAGGAAGAGUUGGUGGUGGAAAAUAUGGCGGAAAAUCUGGAAAAUGGGGUGGAAGUUCCGGAAAGUGGCACUAA